GCUUGUUGUCCUGGAAACACUUUCCCCUCUUUCCUUCCUGUAUUCUCUAUCCUCCUCUUCCUUCCUCUCUCUCUGAGCACGGUUAGCAUGUUGCAAAGACAGCAGCUUUGUCCAUUGAUGGAGUGGAGAAUGGGGGGGGGGGGUUGGUGGGAGUGCUGGUUUGUGCCUCUGUCCAACAGCUCACAGAGAGGACAAGAGAAAGGCAGAGGAGGAGAGGAUGGGAAACAGAAGGUACACGUGUGGCCCUUUUUUUUUUUUUGGCAGAGCACACACCACACAUGGACGAUUAAACCUGAGCGAGCCGGGGCUAAAGAAGCGUGAGGCCUUGUUGUGAUAGCAGCAGAUCCUGAGACACAGACACCAGGAAGGAUGAGGGAGCGAUUGGCGGAUCAUCUCAGAAACACACCUCUGGCCGGCUGCACUGCUCCACCACAUCCUCGGGCUAUAAAAAGAGAUUCCCUGGCCUCAACAGUUCCAGUUUUGACGGUUGCCUCCCGGAGUACAAUAGCCCCUCCCAGGAUGGAUUUCACGCUGCCUCUGUACUCUGAACAGAAAAGAGGGGGGAGAAGGGACCUCUGACCAAGUCAUUUGCAUUUUAAGCUAGGGCACUGUUUCUGCCUCACUAGCCGGAUGUCCAAGUGCCUCCCCCCCUCCAGCUCCAUGGACUCACUGUAUCAGAUUUUUUUCUCCUUAGUCACAGUGCAGCACUUCAACCAGACAUUUACAAUCCUUGCAUGCAUGGCCCGAAGCUACCACAAAGACUCCACUAUCAAUGGGAACUCUCUCCUUUUGCCACACAUUCACCCACCAAAACUUGCUCUCAUGCAAUCGUAUGUACACAUGCAAGGGCCUUGGUGCUCAAGUACACAAUCAGUCAUUUGAUACUGGUGACACGCCUGCCAAAUGUUUACUGGUGGGCUACAUUACACACUGUCUGCAUUCCCCUGGGAGUGUUAGAUAAUUAACUAUAGAAGGACAAAGUCAGGGGAAGUAUUUAGUUGUCACACUUGCAUCAUGGCAGUGAAACACGACAUGUCUAAUUUAUUGACAGCUCUUCUGAUGUCAUUGUCCAGGGCAAACAUAUCCCAAUCACACUUGUCAGUAAUGGUGGGAAAAACUUGAUAAGGCAUUCAAUCCAUUUUUGUUGUUGGCUACACUCUAUUGAUGCACAGACCCGCAGUGCGUACAUGGACUUGAGCAUCCUGGUUUUGAUCGUGUAUUGUUAAAUGUCCUGUUUUUGUGUUUGUGCAUGUACAUCCGGAUUUCAGAAACCAGGAAAAGCCAUUAUCUGGAUUUUGAGAAACCAGAUUUUGCUACCUGGAGAACUCCGAAAGAAAACGGGGUACUGUGGCAUGUAUACGCUUGAACCCGGUUUCUGAUAGCUACUGACCACCUGCACAGGUGUGGCUUCAACCAAGUGCUGUGUCAGUGUCUCACUUCUGGAGCGAUGAAAAAACUGAGUUUUGUCCUUCGGCAAUCAAAGAACUAGAUGUAGUUUGAAGUUUGGAUGGGAAAAAGCUUUGAAAUGUUGACCUACUCAAGUCUGUGGUGAACAGACAGUUUCCCAACAAGUAUGGUUUGUGUUGUAAAAAAUAAACAUUGCAGGCGCCUGCGCAAAUAAGAUGCACUAAUCAGAAACUGUGAUACCAGUAUUUAUAAUGUGCACAGGGAUAAAAAUAACCAGACCCUGUAUUCACAAACAUUCUGAGAAUCCUCUGAGAGACCUCCAAACUUUGCUUUAAAAAAAUCCUAGCAAGGAGUCUUAGCUUAGGAGAAAAACUUUUAUCUUAGUGAGGAGGUGUUGUUGACCCUCUAACUAUGACACAUUUUUUUCAGAAGCUGUGAUUGGUUAAUCCAACAAAAUUUUGAAAAAUCAUAGAAUAUAGUCAGACAGUUUGUAAUUAUGAACACUAUGAAAUCGGCAUCUCUGUGUGAUGAAUUGCAAGACAAACUUUAAAAGUAUCCUACCAAAUGUUUGAAAUCACAUGCCCAAUUGCGCAGCAGCUUCUUCACAUGAUCGUCACAUCAGCAGGUGGGGAGGCUUAAUUAGCGAUUGGAUGCACCUGUGGAGGUAACCACAUGUGGAGAAACUCAACAUGCAUGUCUCACUUUGCACUGAGAAAACUCCACGAUGGAUUGAAAUGUCUGCGUAGAUAUUUUUUUGUCUGGUGUUUGGAGAGCUUGAGAAACUCUUCAUCCUGUUAAAAGUCCUCCUCACUACUCCUCACAGUUUCACACCUGAGGAGCUCUCUUAAGGGCUUACACGCUUUAGAUUAUGUCUACUGUGAUGCCUCAGCAACCGCCAAAAGAGGACGAAGAGGAGGAAGAUGAGGAGCAGGGGGAAGCGUUUUCCUUUGGCGACACUACAGACGAGGAGAAAACUCAGGAGGACGGUAAAGGGAUCAGCUCUGACACUGUCAAGUGUGCCUCCUCAGAAAAGGAGGAGAAACCACAAACAGGCACUGAUGGAAAACAACCAGUAAAAACUCCGCCCCCUGCUGGACAGGAGGGGAAUGCCACCAAGGAUGCAGCAGCACUUUCUACUGGAGAUGUUCCAGUCAGUGAGUCAUCCCCCUGCUGGGCCUCAGCGACGGCAGAAGGAGCAGCCGAGCCCGCUACCUCAGCUCCUCGCGCGGGAGGAGAAGAGCUCCCGGCACUUCCUGCGGACACGUCGGCUGAUUCAGGAGAGCACAGCAAAGAAAUCCUCAAGGGAAGCAGCGGCUCAAGGGAUGUCUCUGAAGCUGAAGCCGAGCCACAGACGCCGGAGGCUUCGGAGGUGAUCUAUGAUGACGUUCCGAGUGAGGACCCCCUCUCUCCCGACGACGAUUUGAUCUACGAAGACGUCCAGAGAGAGAGCCGCCCUGCGGGUGCAGACAACGGGUGGAGCUCCAGCGAGUUUGAGAGCUAUGACGAGCAGUCUGAUAACGAGGCCAAACAACCAACACGGAGCAAGCUCUCCCCUGAAGUGCGUCGUCUGAGGGAUCGGUGUGCCAAGACAAAACGUGAUCUGGCCCAGAGGCUGUCUGGCAAGCACAACUAUGACGUCAAGGUCCAGCAGCUCAUGAAGGCGGCGAGAAGCGGGACGAAGGAUGGGCUCGAGAAGACCAAAAUAGCCGUCAUGCGGAAAGUUAACUUCCUGCAGAAAAAAGACCAACCGGAAGAGGAGGACGAUGCCGGGUACCUGGAUGUGGCUGUGUCAGAAGAGAAGCAUCCGCCCCCACAGCUGAGCCCCAUGCCGGAGGGGCUGACCAACCACCAGGUUGUCAGGCGCCAUAUCCUCGGCUCCAUCAUUCAGAGCGAGCGGAGCUACCUGGAGUCCCUGAGGAGAAUCAUGCAGGAAUACCACAGACCACUGAUGGAAGCCGAUCCACGCAUCCUGAGUCCGAGGAAGAUUCGGCCCAUAUUUUACCGCAUCAGGGAGAUCACACAGUGCCACUCCAUGUUCCAGAUCGCCCUGGCUUCACGUGUGGCAGAAUGGGACAGCUGUGAGAAAAUCGGAGACCUGUUUGUUGCCUCGUUUUCAAAGUCUAUGGUGCUGGAUGUUUACAGCGAGUAUGUGAACAACUUCACCAACGCCAUGGCUCUCAUCAAAAAGGCGUGCAUGUCCAAACCAGCUUUCCUGGAGUUCUUAAAGAAGAAGCAGUCAUCUAGCCUUGACCGGAUCACCCUGUACGGCCUCAUGGUCAAGCCGAUUCAGCGCUUCCCUCAGUUCAUAUUACUCCUGCAGGACAUGCUUAAGAACACACCGAAGGGCCACGUGGACCGUCUGCCCCUGCAGCUCGCUCUGACAGAGCUGGAGAUGCUGGCCGAGAAGCUGAAUGAACAGAAACGAGUAGCCGACCAGAUUGCAGAAACUCAGCAGCUAGCCCGCAGCGUCAGUGAUCGCCUGCUCAGUAAGCAACUCAACUCGGAGCAGGGGUCGCUGGUCCUCUGCGAGACGCUCAUUGAGACGGUGUACGGGGAACGGGGACAAGUCCUAAAGUCGAAGGAGAGAAAGGUCUUCCUCUUUGAUGAUGUGCUGAUCUGUGCCAACAUAAAUGUCAAGGGCCCCCCAGAUAUCAGCAGCCUGGUCCCUGUUGGCCCCAAGUACACCAUGAAGUGGAGCGCCCCCUUACAGCAGGUGCAAGUAGUGGAGGUGGGGCAGGAGGCCUCUCAGAGCAAAGACACCUUCUUCCAACAGAGCGGAGCCAGGCGGCCAAGCGGUGCAUGCACCUCAGGUAAAGCCAUCCUUGGUCCUCCGCGCCUCUACCAGGAGCUCCAGGAGCUGCAACAUGACCUUUCUGUGGUGGAGGAGGUCACUCUGCUGGUGGGCACACUGCAGGGGAUGUACCAGAACCUGAACACCACUGUGGCCCAGGACUGGUGUCUGGCUCUGCAGAGGCUUAUUCGCAUCAAAGAAGAACAGAUCCAGAGUGCUAACAAAUGUCGCUUACGCCUGCAGGUGCCUGGAAGGCCAGACAAGUCCGGACGUCCUGUCAGCUUCAUGGUGGUCCUUAACACUCCCAACCCCCUCAGUAAGAUCUCCUGGGUCAACCGUCUGCACUUGGCCAAGAUAGCACAACGCGAGGAGAACUCACCGGGCUGGUUAUAUGGCGAGGACGAAGGGAAGUCGCUGGCCCCGUUCUUGUGUCCACUGCUGGCCAGUCACAUGCCCAUCUUUGCUACAAAGUCAGCGGAGAGAAAGCUGGAGGCUGCCCUCCACAACCCUGUUCACUGUGCUUUGUUGGGCUUCUCUGCAGCGAGCACCUCCUUACCUCAAGGCUACCUCUGGGUGGCAGGCAGAGGAGAAGGUUCCCAGGGGCAGAUAGAGAUAUUCUCCCUCAACAGGCCCAUGCCAAGAGCUGUGAAGAGUCUGCAAGUCGGCUCAGGUGUCCGCUGUCUUGAAUAUGUGCCAGAAGCUUCCCCGAAUGAGGAAGAGGAGGCGGGAGUUCACAAGACCCCGUCAGGGAGCGCUGCCAACAUCUGUGUGGGAUUGGACGAUGGACGCAUACUGGUCUACGGCAGCGUGGACACCGCAGCCCAAUGCCUGCUGACCCUCCACAACCCAGAGGGCUGCCCCGUGCUGUGCCUGAAGCACUCAGCUCGCUUCCUGUUUGCCGGCCUGCGGAACGGGGCGAUGAUGGUUUAUGGAAGGAGCAACAAAGAUGACCUUUGGGACCCUGACUCCAGCAGAUGUGUGAGCCUGGGCUCAGAACCAGUGCGGACACUGUUGGUGUUAGAUGACUCAGUGUGGGCAAGCUGCGGCAACUCUGUCACGGUCGUGGACAUCUCCAGCCUCGCCACCCAGAAGUUUGAAGUCCAUCCAGACCCGAUGGUCAGCGUUGCACACAUGGCUUGUGCCGGUGGAGGGGUGUGGAUGGCGUUCUCCGAGGGCUCCUCCAUUCGUCUCUUUCAUACUGAAACUCUGGAGCUUCUGCAGGAGAUCAACAUCUCAACACGCUCAACGCUGCUGAGCACCGGUCAGAAGAGCAUACGAGUAACGAGUCUCCUCAUCUGCCAGGGGCUGCUUUGGGUGGGCACCGCCCAGGGCUUAAUCAUCACCCUUCCAGUUCCCAAACUGGAGGGCAUCCCCAAAAUAACAGGAAAGGGAAUGGUGUCUCUGAACGCUCACUGCGGGCCUGUUGACUUCCUGGUAGCGACCACCAGCUCUCUGUCUCCUGACCUCUUGAAGAGGGACUCUGUGGGCGAUGCCCCGGACUCCGCCUGCGGAGGCGAGGACCGCAGCGACACCUCCUCCCAGGAAUCCCUGCAGCAAUCUGGCUCCUACCAGGGCGAGGGAAGGGGCAAAGGGCGCGGCGGCGUCCUGCUGCAGUACAAGCUGCGCACCACAUCGGGACUUCCGGGGCGGCCCUUAACGGCGCUGGGCGACGAGGCCUCGGACUCCUCCCUGGAAUCCCUGGAGCACAGCGUAGAGGACGGAUCCAUCUACGAGCUGAGCGACGACCCUGAAAUGUGGGUGAGGGGACGACCUUGUGAGAGGGACGGGGGACGCAGAGACAGGGUGAUCUCUGCGGCCGUUAUCUCCGGAGGGAAGGGCUUCCGUAGACUGAAGGAAGGAGCGGCGGCGGCGAGGACAAGCGGGGAGGGUUUGGAGAAUAUUCUUAUGGUUUGGCAGCUCCCACUGACAGUGUGAUUUGGGUAAUAUAUGGCAAGGUGAUGUGUAUUUAUAGAUGUCUGGACAGCUUAGCCUCGAAUCACUCGUUCCAUAAAUUCAAGGGAUUUGAAUACAUGAUGAGAAGGAGUUGCCGCGGUUACAGGCCUUGACAUGCUAUAAUUCAGCCUGUGGAAUAAGGACAUAUAUACUGUUUACUAGAGGUACCGUCAGCCUAUAGGACAUUCUGAAUGUUGAGGACUGUGUGUCACCAUCUCCCCCGCAGCAGCAGCAGCAGCAGAGGCCGACACACAUUAGCUCCCUGUGAUUGUUUCGAUCGGUUCCUCUUCCUGCAUUAGUUAAGACUGAUACGCCUCAAUUUAACCUCAUCAUGGCUGCGAUAAUGUGGUCCGCCACAUUUAUUUUAUGCGAAAGGACUUGUGUGCGAGCAGCCAUGACAGCUCGGCUUCGGAGAGGCAGCCGUCUUUUUUUGUGGAAUGUGCCACGCUCGGCAGAGUCGGAGAUGGACAUCUUUUAUCUGAUCCUGAGGGAGAGAUCCCAUCUGUUUGGAGCGGAAAGCUGGGGACUUCCACUGCAUCACAAAGCACAUUAGCAUCACUUUAUUAGCUUCGCCAGCCUGUCUCUCAUCCCAUACAAUGUGAAUGUACGAUACCUUCUUUUGUGUCUCCGAAAUUCAAUCUCUGCUCUCUUUU